GGUUUGGGGUGUUUGACAGGGGGAGGCACCUUGGGGUGUCCCCUUUGGGGGUUUCCUGUUGCCAGGAGUGAUCGUGGAGUGUUGUUUUGUUUGGGUAGGGGGUCUUGAUGGUCAGUGGGGAUCUUGGGGUUUCUGACAGGAGGAGGGAUCUCCUACCACUUACCUCUCAGGACUUUGCAGGCUAGGGGUGUUGGAGUGACAGAAGUCAUUUGGUGGUGCCCUAUUUAUAGGAGGGACAAGGGGUGGGGUGGGGUAGUUAGAUGUCGUACAGUAUGGGGUCACCCCAUUAACAAGAGUUAUGUAAUAUUGUCCCUUUUUGGGAGACACCCGGGGAUGUCCUGUCGCUAGGCCAGCUGGGCUGUUCCUGCGGGGGAAGAACGGUGUCCCUGAGGCCGGGUGACAGAGAUGUUUGGAGAGCAAAGAGGAGACGCUGUGUGAUAGAGCGCGGGCCUCUGUGUGCCAUCACCUCUCCAUCUAAUCCUUUUAUAUGUUACCCAAUGCUGAGGCGUUAACGCCGCCCCCUGCAAUGGCUCAUUACAACGAGUUCCUGCCCCCUCCGGAGUGCCCGGUGUUUGAGCCCAGCUGGGAGGAAUUCUCGGACCCUCUGAGCUUCAUCGGACGCAUCAGGCCCAUUGCAGAGAGGACUGGAAUAUGCAAAAUAAGGCCUCCCAAGGACUGGCAGCCCCCUUUCACCUGCGACGUGAAGAGCUUCAGCUUUACCCCUCGGGUGCAGCGUCUCAAUGAGCUGGAGGCUAUGACCCGCGUUAAGCUCGACUUUUUGGAUCAGCUGGCAAAGUUCUGGGAGUUGCAAGGGUCUACGCUUCGGAUACCAGUGGUCGAUCGCAAACUCUUGGAUGUGUACGCCCUGAGCAAGGUGGUUUCCAGUGAAGGAGGCUUCGAGGCUGUCCGUAAGGAGAAGAAAUGGUCGAAGGUGGGCAGCCGCCUGGGGUACAUGCCAGGGAAGGGCACGGGGUCACUCUUGAAGACGCACUAUGAGCGUAUCCUGUACCCCUACGAGCUGUUCCAGUCUGGGAUUAGCCUCAUGGGCAUCCAGAAACCUAGCUUGAGAGCUGAGGAGAAAGUAGAAGUGACGGAACCUUGUGAGGACUCCAGAGAUUCUACAAAGAGUGAGAAAACCAGUGUUCCCAUGAAGAGGUCCCGGCGUAUCAAGUCCGAGCCGGAGCCGGUGGAGGUCAGUAAACCCGCAGAGGUGAAGAAGCUGCACGUUUUCGGAGGAGCUCCAAAGAUAAUUGGCAUUGGCGACAGUGUUAAAGACCGAGCCGAUGAAAUGUUCAAGAAGCGGAAGAGCUCUAAGCUGGAGGCCAUCGGGAUACAGAUGAGACAGCGGAAAGGAGCCUUGUCUGUUAACUUUGUUGACCUGUACAUCUGCCUGUUCUGUGGGCGCGGAGACUGUGAGGAGAAGCUGUUGCUGUGUGACGGCUGCGAUGACAGUUACCACACCUUCUGCCUGAUCCCACCUCUCCCAGAGGUGCCUAAGGGGGACUGGCGGUGCCCGAAAUGCAUUGCAGAGGAGUGCAGCAAGCCGCGGGAGGCGUUUGGAUUUGAGCAGGCCGUGAGGAAAUACUCCCUGCAAAGCUUUGGAGAGAUGGCGGAUAACUUUAAGUCUGAUUACUUCAAUAUGCCCGUGCACAUGGUGCCCACUGAGCUGGUGGAAAAAGAGUUCUGGCGGCUGGUGAGCUCCAUUGAAGAGGACGUGAUUGUGGAGUAUGGGGCGGACAUCUCCUCCAGAGACUUCGGAAGCGGUUUCCCGGUGCUCGAUGGCCGGAGGAAGCUGACGCCAGAUGAAGAGGAUUACGCUCAUUGUGGCUGGAACCUCAAUAACAUGCCUGUUCUAGAGCAGUCUGUUCUCUCUCACAUCAACGUGGACAUCUCUGGCAUGAAGGUGCCCUGGCUGUACGUGGGCAUGUGCUUCUCCUCCUUCUGCUGGCACAUAGAGGACCACUGGAGCUACUCCAUCAACUACCUGCAUUGGGGGGAACCUAAGACGUGGUACGGGGUCCCGUCUCAUGCAGCUGAGCAGCUGGAGGACGUCAUGAGAGAACUAGCUCCGGAACUGUUUGAGUCUCAGCCUGACCUCUUACACCAGUUGGUGACCAUCAUGAACCCCAAUGUGCUGAUGGACCAUAGUGUGCCGGUUUACAGGACCAACCAGUGCGCCGGGGAGUUCGUAGUCACCUUCCCUCGGGCGUACCACUCUGGCUUCAACCAAGGAUACAACUUUGCGGAGGCUGUAAACUUUUGCACUGCUGACUGGCUUCCUAUGGGACGCCAGUGUGUGAAUCACUACCGUCGGCUGAGGCGGCACUGCGUGUUCUCCCACGAGGAGCUGAUCUUCAAGAUGGCGGCUGACCCCGAGUGUCUGGAUGUUGGCUUGGCAGCCGCUGUGUGCAAGGAGAUGAUGGUAAUGAUAGAGGAGGAGACCAGGCUGCGGGAUUCCGUCAUCCAGCUGGGUGUGGAGCAGACAGAAGAGGAGGUCUUCGAGCUUGUCCCGGACGACGAGAGACAGUGUUCCUCUUGCAGAACCACCUGCUUCCUGUCGGCUCUGACCUGCAACUGCAGCUCCGACAGGCUGGUGUGUCUGCAUCACCCAUCGGAGCUGUGUACAUGCCCUAUGCAGAGCAAGUGUCUCAGGAUCCGAUAUUCACUUGAAGAUUUCCCAACCCUGCUGUAUGGAGUGAAGUUGCGAGCGCAGUCGUAUGAUACGUGGGUCAGUCGGGUUACAGAAGCGAUGACUGCCAGCCUCAAUCACAAAAAAGAUAUCAUUGAGCUGAAGGUAAUGAUGGAAGAUGCGGAGGACAGGAAGUUCCCUGAGAACGAAUUGUACCGGCGACUCAGGGACGCGGUGAAAGAGGCCGAGACGUGCGCUUCUGUCGCUCAGCUGCUACUCACCAAAAAGCAGAAGCACAACAAACUGAUCCAAGAUCCCGGGAAGACUCGUACCAAGCUCACUAUGGAGGAGCUGAAAGCCUUCGUGCAGCAGCUGUUCAGCCUCCCGUGCAUCAUCACACAGGCCCGGCAGGUCAAGAACCUGCUGGAUGACGUGGAGGAGUUCCAUGAGCGCGCCCAGGAGGCCAUGUCCGAUGAGGUUCCAGACUCCAGCAAGCUGCAGUCUCUCAUCGAUCUGGGGUCCAACUUGUAUGUGGAGCUCCCGGAGCUGCCGCGCCUGAGGCAAGAGCUGCUGCAGGCGCGCUGGCUGGAUGAAGUGCGCCAGACUCUUUCUGACCCGCACAAGGUCACCUUGGACGUGAUGAAGAAACUGAUCGAUUCCGGGGUGGGUCUGGCCCCACACCAUGCCGUGGAGAAAGCAAUGGCCGAACUCCAGGAGCUGCUGACCGUGUCGGAGAGGUGGGAGGAGAAAGCCAAGGCCUGCCUUCUGGUCAGGCCGCAGCACAGUGUAUCCGGCCUGGAAAGCAUCCUCGCAGAGGCGAAGAACAUCCAGGCUUAUCUGCCCAAUGUCCUAGCACUGAAGGAGGCUCUGCAAAGAGCAAAGGACUGGACUUCAAAAGUUGAAGCAAUUCAGAGUGGCAGUCAUUAUGCUUACCUGGAAUACCUGGAGAGCUUGCUAAGCAAGGGCCGGCCCAUUCCUGUACGUCUAGACGCCCUCCCGCAGCUGGAGUCUCAAGUGGCAGCUGCUCGAUCCUGGCGAGAGCGCACAGCUAGGACUUUCCUGAAAAAGAACUCCAGCUAUACUUUACUGCAGGUGCUGAGCCCGCGUAGUGAUAUCGGCAUUUACGGAAGCGGACGGAGUAAGCGGAGGAAAGUGAAAGAGCUGAUGGAGGAGAAGGACUUGGAUCUGGAUUCCAUGAGUGAACUAGAAGAGCCUCUGGAGGAGCCGCGGGACACUGCCUCUGUGGUUGCCGUAUUUAAGGAACUGGAGCACAAAGAGGUGGAUUCCAUGCGUUCCUUGCGAGCCUCUAACCUGGCCAAGAUGACAAUGGUGGAUCGCAUCGAGGAAGUGCGGUUCUGCAUCUGCCGCAAAGCCGCCAGCGGCUUCAUGUUACAAUGCGAACUGUGCAAGGACUGGUUCCACAGCACCUGCGUCCCCCUCCCCAAAACCAGCUCGCAGAAAAAAGGCAGCAGCUGGCAGUCAAAGGACGUGAAGUUCCUGUGCACGCAGUGCAUGCGUUCCCGCAGGCCAAGACUGGAGACUAUCCUCUCGCUGCUCGUGUCGCUGCAGAAGCUGCCGGUGCGGCUGCCGGAGGGGGAAGCGCUGCAGUGUCUGACGGAACGCGCCAUGAGUUGGCAGGACCGAGCUCGGCAAGCGCUGGCCACGGAGGAACUGUCUUGUGCGCUGGCCAAGCUUUCGGUGCUGAGUCAGCGGAUGGUGGAGCAGGCGGCCAGGGAGAAGACGGAGAAAAUCAUCAGCGCGGAACUGCAGAAAGCCGCCGCUAACCCGGACCUACAGGGUCACCUGCCCACCUUCCAGCAGGGCUCCUUCAACCGCGGGAUGUCCAGUGUAGCGUCUUCUCCGCAGCCCCCCUUGGACUACGAUGACGAGGAGACGGACUCGGACGAGGACAUCAGGGAGACCUACGGUUAUGAUGUGAAGGACACUGGCAGCGUCAAGUCCUGCAGCAGCCUGGAGCCCAACCUGUUCUGCGACGAGGAGAUACCCAUUAAGUCGGAGGAAGUCGUCAGCCACAUGUGGGCGGCCCCCUCCUUCUGUUCUGAACAUGCCUACUCCUCCGCCUCCAAGAGCUGUGUGCAAGCUACAGGGACCCCUCGGAAACAGCCGCGGAAGACCCCUCUGGUGCCUCGAAGUCUGGAGCCCCCUGUCCUAGAGUUGUCUCCUGGAGCCAAAUGUCACCUGGAAGAACUCAUGAUGUUGGGGGACCUGCUGGAGGUGUCGCUGGAUGAGACGCAACACAUCUGGCGCAUUUUGCAGGCCACACAUCCGCCUUCGGAGGAGAGGUUCCUGCACGUCAUGGAGGACGACAGCCUGGAUGAGAAGCCGCUGAAACUGAAGAGCAGAGAUUCCUCCGAGAAGAAGCGCAAGAGGAAACUGGAGCGAGCUGAGCAUCUCUUUGAGGGCAAGCAGAGGUCCAAGGAUCUGAAGAAGCUGGAUAAGACCAAAAAGAAGAAGCUGAAGCUGGGACAUGACAAGGCCAAGGAGCUGAGCAAGCUGGCCAAGAGACUGGCCAAAGAGGAGGAGCGCAAGAGGAAGAAGGAGAAAGCCGCCGUGGUGAAAGCGGAAAUGAGCAAAGAGAUCAUCGAGAGGAAAAGAGAGAAGAAGAUUUUGGACAUCCCCUCAAAGUAUGACUGGUCUGGGGCAGAAGACUCGGACGACGAGAACGCCAUCUGUGCUGCGCUGAACUGCCAGCGCCCGUGCAAGGACAAGGUGGACUGGGUGCAGUGCGACGGAGGCUGCGACGAGUGGUUUCAUCAGGUCUGCGUUGGCGUCUCCUCAGAAAUGGCGGAGAAUGAGGACUACAUCUGUACGAACUGUACCCGAAAGAAAGUCCAGGGACCUUGCCCCCCCUGCCCACCCAAUUUGACUUUCACGCCUGGCUUCCCCAUGGCCACCAUUGAGGUGAAACAGGAGGUCAGCUAGCAUAAAGGAUUCCCGCUGUUUGAGCUAGCUGUUCCUAUACUUCUCUUCCUCCAAUCUACCACCCUCGGCCCAGUUCUCUGGAGCGGAGGCACCUGUGUUCGGUAGCCACUCAGCUCUGUGCGUUUUUUUCCAGCAUGGGAAAUCUCGGCCACAGAUAGUUUGGAAAUCCCCCAAACCACCAAGUGCACAGAAGGUUCCGGACGUUGCUAGCAAAAUGGAGAGAGAAAAAAAUCUGUUCUAUUAACAAGCCAACGAGAUUCAUGGUCUCCCUCCCGCCAACCAAACUCCCAGAGCUGGGAGAUGUCCUUUUACAAUGGAAGCCCCUAUCCCAGAAUGCUGCAGGGCACAACGCACAGGUCCCUCGUACAGGAGGAUUGUUCAUCCGCUCACUCAGGUUUUAGUUGGAGUUGUAAUAUUUGUGUUUUGCUGAUGUUUAGAGUACACCCAUCGUGUGGAUGACUUCUCUGCGUCUUUCCUAAGGAAUUCUCCGGAAACCUGAUUGCCUGCGUGGGCCGUGUGCUUACUGUGUGCGUCAGAAAUCUGAUGGAUUUACAUCACAGAGGAGGGAGUUGAGUCCACGUAGAUGGUGAAUAAACGUUGAGCAGUUAUACGGCGCGGACACUUGCCGCCAGGAGUGCAGGGUGCCUGGCGUCGCUUGGCGCAGGGUUGAGGUUUACAAUUGGCCUUUGUGGGAUCUUAGUAUGAGGAAAUCUGGGGGGAAGAACUUUCAUUUUCACUUCUUCCUGUGACUACGGACUGUUGUAUAAAUAGUUUUCUCCCCCCCGUUCUCCGGACUGGCUGUUUGUUGACCAGGGCUCAUUAAGCUUUUAAAAAGAAAAAAAAAUACUGUAAUUUGUUUAUUUUGUAUCUAUUUAUCUAUUUUAGGCUAAAAAAAAAAAAGGCGGGGCAGGCGGCUGGGCGCUGCGGAAAGGUAGACCGUUUUCUUUGUCAAGGGCCGAUGUGGAUUGUGUCUUCUCCCGAUUGUCCUCACAAAGAAAAAAAGAAAAUGUUUUCAAUAUUUUUGUUAUUGGGGAUAGAAGACAGUAGUAGUUAUUUGGAAAAUAAAAAUGCAUUUAUUAGAGCCUA